AUGUCGAUUCCGUGUCUCUUUGAGGACCGCUUCGAGGUCCGGUCCGUGGACUGCUCGAAAUUCGAGCGGGUUUCUCGACUCAAGGGAAAAAGCUCCGGCUUCGACGCUGACAUUCAGCUCGACGUAAACUCAGACCUUUUCCCCGUUAAGGAAAAACAGCGUUUGUAUAUCGGAAUCACAAACAAUCUCCAUUCCACGAGCGAUGCCCGAAAGGAUGACACAGCCGCCUGGACAGAGCCUGCUGCGUAUUUGAAGGAGUACGACUACGUCAUGUACGGAAAGAUCUUCCGCAUCGAGGAAUGCUCUUCCGAACGCAGAACCCUCUACGCGUCUUUCGGCGGACUGCUCAUGGCACUGACGGCUGACAAGCAUGUCGUCGGUGAUUUGGAGUUGGACAUGCGAAUCUACAUUUUAAUUCGACGAAGUGAAGAAGUUCACUCGCUUCUUGCCUAA